GUUGACCGGUCGACGGGUCAGGCUUUCGGUCCGGUUUAUUCUAAAACACUGCGUGUAUCAACUUCAGCGCUUCAUCAGUGAGCACCAAGGUUUUUCUCUUGUACGUGAUUUAAAAUCCGUAAAGAAGAACAAAACCCGAGAGCACAAGUGUUGUAGCUUCUUUUCACUUGCACUUCCAUUACCUCUUUCUCGUUCGUUUCGGCGAUUCACGGAAUCCAAAGUUUCGUUGAUUGAUCCAUCAUGUUGGCCAAGAGACUAACCUCCUUCCUUAAACUCUCCCCCAAACCUAAAAUUUCCAGUGCCGUGAAGGAUGCGGAUGAAAAACAGGGUAAAUAUUUUGCUCGUAAGGCAGUGUCGUUUGUUUUGAUUACUAUUACUGGUGGUGUUGCUCUGAGUGCUCUCGACGACCUUUCUAUCUAUCAUGGUUGUAGCAGCAAGGCCAUGGAGGAUGCAAGCAAGAACCAGGCAAUAAUAGAUGCCAUUGGAGAACCAAUUGUUAAAGGUUCAUGGUACAAUGCAUCUCUUGCAGUGGCUCACAAGAGGCAAUCCGUGUCUUGCUCGUUUCCCGUUUCUGGACCCCUAGGCUCAGGUGUCUUACAGCUGAAGGCAGUCCGCGAUGGAGAUGACUCUUGGUCUUCUUUUUUUCUUCCUCGAGAUUGGGAAAUUUUAGUCAUGGACGCUCUCCUCCAUGUACCUGGGAACGAGGAGAAGCAUCAGACAUUACGGAUUAAUCUCUCACCCAAGUUGUCUCCUUCUAUUGCUUGCACCGACUGUGUAGCUUGUCCAUCCGAUAGAUCAGAGGCGAAGUUGAGUUCCAAUCAAUAAUAGUAAGCUUAAGUGGCUAUCAAUAUUUCGACUAUAAACACUUGUUUCUGGUUUUAAACAUUUUACAUGAGGCAAAACAAUAGUAUUAUAAUAGUAAGCUUAAGUGGCAAUCUUUCUUUCAACUAUAAACAAUUUUUCUUCUUCUGGUUAUUCUUUGUUUUGGAAGGAAUAAAUUUAAAUGUUUCUUAUGGUGUAAUAUGUCAAAUAAAUGUUGGCUUGAGGGUUGUAAUUUCCCCUUAUUCUGCAGUA